CCCAUCGCCAUCAUCACGGCCGUUCCCAUGCUGCCAUGCAUGCCAUGGCGAAAUCUCCAUCUGCCAUCAUUGCUUUUCCUUCUCUCUCUCCACCCCUUGCUUCAGUUUGGUUUCUUUUGCCUCCAAUAUAACAAAAGCUUCAGUCUUGGAACCCUUGCAACUGUUAGCACGAUGGCUUCUUCUCGUAACCCUACCAGACUUCUUGUCUUCUUCUUCUUCCUCCUCUCCUGCCCCACGCUCUCCCUCUCCGCUGAGCCUCUUAAUAUGGAAGUGCAAGCACUUAUUGCCAUGAGAAAUCUCCUCAAUGACCCCUAUGGGACAUUAAGCAAAUGGGAUGAAACCUCUGUCGAUCCCUGCAGCUGGUCUAUGAUCACUUGCUCUUCAGAGAACCGCGUCAUUGGCCUAGGAGCGCCAAGCCAGAGCCUUUCAGGAACUCUGUCUCCGGCCAUUGGAAACCUCACUAACCUGCAGCAAAUAUUGUUGCAGAACAACAAUAUAACAGGGGAGAUCCCAUCAGCGAUAGGCCAUCUUCCGAAGCUUCAGACCAUGGACCUCUCGAGCAACCACUUCUCCGGCAUCAUACCAGAUUCAUUCGGUCGCCUUACAAGCCUUCGCUAUCUGAGACUCAACAACAACAGCUUGACUGGCGCUUUUCCUUCAUCUCUCUCAAAACUCCCUCAACUAUCAUUCCUGGAUUUCUCUUACAACAAUCUAAGCGGCCCAGUUCCUUCUUCCCCCGCGAGAACAUUCAAUGUGGUCGGUAAUCCUCUGAUAUGCGGCGGCGGCCAUUUGGCGGCGGAUUGCUAUGGGACGAUGGCGCCUGUUUCUCUUCCAUUCCUUCUCGAAUCAAACCGCAGAGAACUGAAGACAGAGAAGCUCGCUAUCGUUGUUGGCUCCGGCGUUGGUGCUGCCGUCGCUCUCCUACUUUUUUUCUUUGCCCUUUUGUUCUGGAGGCGGAGGCGGCUCCGGCGGCGUUACCUCUUCACUCUCAAUGAGAUGGAACAGAACGCUGCUGCCGAGGCGGCGGUGGUGGCCGGAAUCGGUAACUUACGGCGGUUCAGGCUACGGGAGCUCCAGGCGGCGACCGAUAACUUCAGCGCAAAGAACAUACUCGGUAAAGGGGGAUUCGGUAACGUGUACCGCGGACGCCUCGAUGACGGCACGUUGGUCGCGGUCAAGCGGCUGAGAGACGGCGGUGGUGCCGCCGGUGAGGCGCAGUUCAAAACGGAGGUAGAAAUGAUAAGCCUUGCCGUUCACCGUAAUCUGCUCCGCCUCAUUGGAUAUUGCGCCGCCGCCGGCGAGCGGCUCCUCGUUUAUCCUUUCAUGUCGAACGGCUCCGUCGCCGUUAGACUUCGAGGCAAGCCUCCACUAGACUGGACGGCAAGAAAGCGCAUCGCCGUCGGAGCCGCUCGAGGCCUCACGUAUCUUCACGAGCAAUGCGAUCCAAAGAUCAUUCACCGCGACGUGAAGGCGGCCAACGUCCUCCUAGACGACGCUGUCGUCGGGGACUUCGGUCUCGCUAAAUUGCUCGACCAUUCGGAUUCUCACGUCACCACCGCCGUCCGCGGUACCGUCGGCCAUAUUGCGCCGGAGUAUCUCUCGACGGGACAGUCCUCCGACAAAACUGAUGUCUUCGGAUUCGGUAUUCUACUACUGGAUCUCAUCUCCGGCCGGCGGUCACUGGACUUCGCGGGCCGUUCUUCUCCACCGCAGAAGGCCUCUCUCCUCGAUUGGGUGAGGAAGGUCCAACAGGAGAGAAGGCUGGACUUGCUUCUUGACAGAGACCUCGGCAACAGCUUCCAUCGGGUCGAGGCGAUGGAGCUGGUUCAGGUGGCCUUGCUGUGCACCCAACACCUCCCUGGCCAGCGGCCGAAGAUGUCGGAAGUUCUGAGAAUGCUCGAAGGCGACGGGCUAGCGGAAAAAUGGGAGGCUUCCAACAGGCAGAAGCAGGAUCCUGAUGCAAAGCAUGGCGUUCAAGGCUUGAGUAACUGCAUGCUGUUUGUGGUGGAUGGAGAAGAUAACUAUGGAGAUAUUGAUGUUACGUCUGUGGAUGAUGUUGAUGAGAUGGAGUUAUCAGGUCCAAGGUAGUGAGGAAUCUUUAGAUUGAAGAUAUAAAUUUUAUAUUUAUAGGUUUAAGUAGAGGGGUUUGAGCAUAUAGAU